AUGUCUCUGUUUCUGGUGAUCUUUCAGGACGAUUGGUCACUUGGGGUUGCUGUGGGUAGCGGUGCACAGUUAAUCACGGGAAUUAUCAAUAAUCCGAUUGUUCUAAUGUGUGAACAGGUAGGUGUUGUGUAUCGUGCAUUGACGGACGAAUGUCCGUUGCUGGACGCUGGAACAGGGAAGCGCGCAUCGGCGAUCUGUGAUCGGGCGGUGGACGAGCAUUUCAAUUGCUUGUUAGACUGCCUAGCCGAGUGGAAGCAUAAUGUCAAAAUUGGCGAUAAAAGUCUUUAUGCUUUCGUUCUCCUUACUCAGCGAGGUGCGCAAAGAAUUGAUCGUGGCGUAGUUUGUGAGGACAGAGGGCGGAAGUACAAAGGAAUACUUCAAAAACUGGCCGAGUGCUCGUCCAUAUCAGAGGACGAGAGAAUGUUCCAGUGGCAAAUAGGGAACGUCGAAUUCUCCUGUGGUUCGAAGCUGAAUGAUGUUUCGGCUCGGAAUUGGGAUCAAAAUGAAGCGGUGGCGCAGUUCGCGGGUGCUCACGCUUUUCUCACCGACGGUACUUCCGAACUGAUACGCCGUCUUGCCGAGGGUACUGAUAUUCGAUGCAAUCAUGAGGUUUGGCGUUAG